ACAAAUUGACGUUGAGGAGGUUUAAAUGCGUCACGAUCAAUGUCAAUACAAAUUAUAAAAUGUAUAAAUACUAAAGUUUUAACCUUAUGGCUUGUGAUUCCUCCACCAGCAUUCCGAUUAAUGAAGGGAGUGACAGUUCAACUUGGAGUUCCGAUACAGAAAACCAAAAGAUUAAUAAUCCGAAAACCAUAAUAACUAAACUUCCCCCGACGGAGGAAAAGAAGAUCGGUGAUCAAAAGAAUCCGAAAAAGAAGAAAAAGAUCGUCUCCGUGUGCCUCACGCACUGCCGGUACGAUGUCAUUAGGAAGAUCGCUCAAAAAUUUGCAUACAAAGAAGUGGCCGAAGGUGAAAAUUGGAAUUUAUACUGGACCGAUCUUUCCAUAACAGUGGAACGAUGCAAGGAUAUGAAGAGGUUUCAGAAAAUCAAUCAUUUUCCAGGUAUGCUGGAAAUUUGUCGGAAAGACUUACUCGCCAGGAACUUAACUCGAAUGCAAAGAUUAUAUCCUAGGGAUUAUAAUUUUUUUCCUAAGACAUGGUGCUUUCCAGCAGACCUUGGUGAUGCCAUUACGUACUCAAGAAUCCGCAGAAACAAGACCUUUAUAUUAAAACCAGAUGCAGGCAGCCAGGGCAGAGGUAUUAUAAUUACCAAAUCUCUGAAGGACAUUCGUCCUUGUGAUAGAGGUAUUUGUCAAGUGUAUAUCUCUCGACCUUUUCUUAUUGACGGUUACAAAUUCGACUUGCGAGUAUAUGCUCUUAUCACGAGCUGUGACCCUUUAAGGGUUUAUGUUUAUAAUGAAGGCCUAGUUCGGUUUGCCACUAGCCAAUACAAGGAGCCCAAUGGAGUUAACAUAACCAACGUCUUCAUGCAUUUAACCAAUUAUGCAGUAAAUAAACAUAGUAGGACAUACAACCAGGACAUAGGAGGAAACGGGAGCAAAAGAAAGCUUACUUGGUUUAAUAACUACUUGAAAUCACUUAAAUACGAUAUUAAUGCAAUAUGGUAUCGUAUAGAUGACGUGAUUGUGAAAACCAUUAUUAGCGCAUAUCCUGUUUUAAAGCACAGCUAUGCGGCAUGCUUUCCAAAUCACGACGUUAUCCCGGCAUGUUGUGAACUAUUGGGGAUCGACAUCAUUUUGGAUCGGAAAAUGAAUCCUUUGAUUUUGGAGGUUAAUCACUCACCGAGUUUCCAUACAGAUACACCCCUGGACUGUGAAGUGAAGGAAGGAUUGCUGUCCGAUAUGUUCGCUAUGAUGAGCUUGGAAAAGUGCGAUAAAAGACGCAUUAUGCGAGAAGAUAGGAAACGUAUUCGAGAACGGUUGCUACAUGGCAACAAAGAAAAGGACUAUCAACCAAUAGAUAUAAAAAAUAGUUUUACAGAGUAUUUUAAGAAUGAGUAUUCUAACAAAGGUAAUUUCCGACUGGUUUAUCCAGGACCAAAUUGUGAGCAAGUGUACCGAAAGUACUUUGAUCAAGGUCAAAACACACUGUACAGUGAUACAGUGUCUAGCCGAGCGAGGGAGGCUGCGCAAAAUGCUUUUAGAGGUGAAAUGGUGUUGCGUCAAAAACUAGAAGCUUCCAAACGGGUGGCACCCCUAGUUAAGACCGAAUCCAACCAAAAUUCUACUUCAAGCCGAUCAGUUUCGAAGCAGAGAAAAGUAUCUGGGCCUCUUGCCUCUUUCAAUCAAGGCACUCAGAACUUACGAAACUCGUUUCAACCACAGCAAAUAGUCGAGUCGGAAGAAAAAGAAAGACUGAAAAAGUUGGCUCAAAGAGACUACUUACUACGCAGUCACGGCAUUCUAGAGCACGUGUAUUUCUCUCUAAAGAAGAAUAAAGUACUGAGGCCAGAAGACGAUCGGAAAUACGCAAUUUUUGAGAAAAUGAGGAGUGCGGCCCAAGUUAUUAAUCAUCAACCUCCAACCGGUCCAAUAAUAUCUGAUAUGCUGGAAGGUAUUCAGCCGUUCGAGUAUAAAGGUGCAGGAGAAAUGAUCGAAUUGAAAAAAGACUUAGUGAAAGAGUUUGCGCUUUUGAAUAAUUCUCAUAAAGUGGAUUCUAUGUAUACCGAGUUAGAUAAAUCUGGAACAGCAAACCUAAAGUUUUCGAAAUAUAAUUCCAUUUUAAAAAUGUAAUUUUGUAUUUUUUUUUAUCGUAUUUGUUAGUAAAUGUUAAAAUGAAUAAAGUAUUGAUAUUAUCUUGAAAUAUA